CCGGCCCCGGGACCCGCGCAGAGGCGGGCGAGCCCGGAGCAGGCGGGCUGGCAGCCGACUGGCUCAGAGGCCGAAAGUUUCUCUGCCCUCUGCAUCCCGUGAGCCAGAGCCAAGGAACUGCGAGGGCGCCACGGGAGCCGCCCGGCCGGGCCGAUCUGGAGAAGAGACGGGGACGCACCGCGGAACCUCGGAAAAUAAAUUCUCAGGUCCGUCCGAGACACCGCGGGGGGCAGGUCAAUGGCUUUCCCGGGUUCUGGGAGGCUUUUGCUAUGACCACAUCCUUCUUGCUGAGCCGGGACUGCCCCCUGCUGCCACAGCCACGCCAAGUACCUGGUCCCUGCCACCUGUCCUUGGUCCCAAGACACCAUGGGCAGCGUCAGCAGCCUCAUCUCUGGCCACAGCUUCCACAGCAAACACUGCCGUGCUUCUCAGUAUAAGCUGCGCAAGUCCUCCCAUCUCAAGAAGCUCAAUCGGUAUUCUGACGGGCUGCUGAGAUUCGGCUUCUCCCAGGACUCAGGUCAUGGCAAAUCCAGCUCCAAGAUGGGCAAGAGCGAAGACUUCUUCUACAUCAAGGUCAGCCAGAAGGCCCGGGGCUCCCACCGUCCAGAUUAUACUGCUUUGUCCAGUGGGGACGUAGGGGGGCAAGCUGGGCUGGACUUUGGCCCCUCCACCCCACCCAAACUCAUGCCCUUCUCCAACCAACUAGAAAUGGGCUCAGAGAAGGCUGCCGUGAGGCCCACGGCUUUCAAGCCUGUGCUGCCCCGGUCAGGAACCAUCCUGCACUCCUCCCCCGACAGCACCAGCCGCCAGCUGCACCCCGUCCCUCCGGACAGGCCCAAGGAGCAAGAGCUAAAGCCUGGCCUGUGCUCAGGGGCACUGUCGGACUCGGGCCGGAACUCCAUGUCCAGCUUGCCCACACAGAGCACCACCAGCAGCUACCAGCUGGACCCUCUGGUCACCCCCGUGGGACCCGCCAGCCGGUUUGGGGGCUCCGCUCACAACAUCACGCAGGGCAUCGUCCUCCAGGACAGCAACAUGAUGAGCCUGAAGGCUCUGUCCUUCUCCGACGGGGGCAGCAAGCUGGCCCACCCGGGCAAGGUGGACAAGGGCCCCUCUUGCAUCCGCUCGCCCAUUGCCACGGACGAGUGCACCAUCCAGGAGCUGGAGCAGAAGCUGCUGGAGCGGGAGAGCGAGCUGCAGAAACUGCAGCGCAGCUUCGAGGAGAAGGAGCCGCCGCCGUGCCAGGCCUAUGAGGAGCGGCAGCGCCGCGCCAAGGACGAGCUCGAGGGCCUGGAGCAGCACAAGGGCGGGGGCAGGUUGAAGCAGGCCUCCCAGAAGAGCCAGCGGACCCAGCAGGUGCUCCACCUGCAGGUGCUCCAGCUCCAGCAGGAGAAGCGGCAGCUCCGGCAGGAGCUCGAGAACCUCAUGAAGGAGCAGGAUCUCCUGGAGACCAAACUCCGGUCCUAUGAGAAGGAGAAGACCAGCUUUGCCCCCGCGCUGGAAGAGACCCAGUGGGAGGUCUGCCAGAAGUCAGGCGAGAUCUCUCUCCUGAAGCAGCAGCUGAAGGAGUCCCAGAUGGAGGUCAACGCCAAGGCCAGUGAGAUCCUCAGCCUCAAGGCGCAGCUGAAGGACACGCGGGGCAAGCUGGAGGGUCACGAGUUAAAGACGCAGGACCUGGAGAGCGCCCUGCGCACCAAGGGGCUGGAGCUGGAGGUCUGCGAGAACGAGCUGCAGCGCAAGAAGAACGAGUCGGAGCUCCUGCGGGAGAAGGUGAACCUGCUGGAGCAGGAGCUGCUGGAGCUGCGGGCCCAGGUGAGCCUGCAGCGAGAGGGGGUGUGCGUGGCGCCCACCUUCUCGGAGGACAUCCCCGCCCUGCAGCGGGAGCUGGAGCGCCUGCGCGCCGAGCUGAAGGAGGAGCGGCAAGGCCACGACCAGAUGUCCUCCGGGUUCCAGCACGAGCGGCUGGUGUGGAAGGAGGAGAAGGAGAAGGUGAUCCAGUACCAGAAGCAGCUGCAGCAGAGCUACCUGGCCAUGUACCAGCGGAACCAGCGCCUGGAGAAGGCCUUGCAGCAGCUGGCGCACGGGGAGGGGGCAGCGGAGCCCUUUGACAUUGACCUGGAAGGGGCAGACAUCCCCUACGAGGACAUCAUAGCCACGGAGAUCUGAGGGGCGUCCUGGGAGCGAGAGGGCCGAGGCGGGUGGGCGCUCCGGGAGGUGGGGGGGGUGGGUGUCGAGGACAGACUCCUGGGGACAGACAGAGAGCCUGGGGGGGGGGGGUGCGGGGAGGAGGGGGCAGGGAAAAGGCUCCCAGAGGUCCUCUCUUCCCCCUUCCCACUUUCCUAGCACUGACGCUCCCUGCGGGUCCCAGCUUCAGGCUCCGUUCCUGCGGCUUUCCCAGUAGGCGAGCCCAGGACUCUAUUUAGUUGCGGGUUAAACGAACCUUGGCUCUUGUUCAAAAUACUUACCCCCUCCCCUUGGAGGGAGGGAGUCCAGGAAGCCAUGGUCACCUCGAUGAUAAUCACGUCCUUCCCACCUCCCUUCCUCAAACCCCUUUUCUCCCAGAAGCACUGGGGUGCCUUGGGGAUAGGAAGGCGUCCUCGUGCCUGAGGUACAGGACACGCCAGGCUGCCCAGGAGUGUCUGGAAUCAGGAGGUCCAGAGGGCUCAGCGGGAGGGUGGGGGGGGGGGUGAGGGCAACCUUACUAGACGCUCCCAGACUCUGGGGGGCUGGUGGCCUUUGACUGCAGUGAGGACUGUUCUUCGGGGGUGGUGCUACACUACCGACCCCUGGCUUGGUACUCAGGGGUCACUCCUGGAAGCGCUGGAGAGGGGUUCCCUGACCAGGGUCUUUUGCCCUGUCUCUGCAUCCAUUAAAGCCAUAGGUACUGAGGCCCUGGGGAUGCUGGAAGAGAAGCCUGCAGGCCCCUCUAGGCAGGGAGGGUGUGGCUUUCCAGGUACCCCAGAAGAGCUUCUAGGCCUUUCCAGGUGAGGUUACUGAAGGGCUUUUCCUGCCUUGUUCAAGAUGGGGGUCAGCUGCACUGAAUUAGUUCUCCCAUAACCCCCAUGAAUCAGGUCAUUGUUGAGUCCAGAGUAAGCUGUACCCAGUAGGCUGUGUUGGGGGGAGUGUCCACUGUGUCCAGGGAAGCUGGACCCAUUAGGCUGUAUAGGGAGGAGUAUCCACUAUGUGUCCAGGGAAGCUGGACCCACUAGGCUGUGUUGGGAGGAGCGUCCACUGUGUCCAGGGAAGCUGGACCCAGUAGGCUGUAUAGGGGGAGCGUCCACUGUGUCCAGGGAAGCUAGACCCAUUAGGCUGUGUUGGGGGAGUGUCCACUAUGUGUCCAGGGAAGCUGGACCCAUUAGGCUGUGUUGAGGGAGUGUCCACUGUGUCCAGGGAAGCUGGACCCAGUAGGCUGUGUUGAGGGAGUGUCCACUGUGUCCAGGGAAGCUGGACCCAGUAGGCUGUGUUGGGGGAGUGCCCACUCUGUGUCCAGGGAAGCUGGACCCAUUAGGCUGUUGAGGGAGUGUCCACUGUGUCCAGGGAAGCUGGACCCAUUAGGCUGUAUAGGGGAGAGGGCCCACUAGGCUGUGUUGGGAGGAACGUCCACUGUGUCCAGGGAAGCUGGACCCAGUAGGCUGUAUAGGGGGGAGUGCCCACUAUGUGUCCAGGGAAGCUGGACCCGUUAGGCUGUGUUGAGGGAGUGUCCACUGUGUCCAGGGAAGCUGGACCCAUUAGGCUGUGUUGGAGGAGUGUCCACUGUGUCCAGGGAAGCUGGACCCAUUACGUUGUAUAGGGGGAGUGCCCACUGUGUCCAGGGAAGCUGGACCCGUUAGGCUGUGUUGAGGGAGUGUCCACUGUGUCCAGGGAAGCUGGACCCACUAGGCUGUAUUGGGGGAAGCAUCCACUGGGCCCUCUUUGGGGCGCACUUUCGUACCUCCUGCGCCAAACCCAGGCCAGAGUCCUUGCUGGUCAGGAGGUGCCCCCAGAGGACUUAUGGGCAGUAGCCCCUGGGGAGGAAGGGCAGGGGGGAAUAGCCUUUGAACAGCCACACAUCACCUGCUGGCCUCCAUCUGCCUGCAGUCCCCUGUGAGCCCAGCCGAAGAUUCCAGAGAACUGCCCCUGGCUGGGUCCGGCCGGCCAGGGCUCCCUGAGAGAUGUGCAGAGGGGGCGGGGUGGGGCAGGGCACUGUCAGCAUGAGAUAAAGGGUCUUGAUUCAGGGAAUUUUUUUCCCCAUCCUUUUCUUCUCUCUUUUCUCCUUUCUCCCUCUCAGUCUUUCCCUAUAUUCUACUCUGUCUUCUCUCCUUCCCUUCUCCUUCGGUCUCCCUCCCUCACUCUCCCCUUCUCUCCCUCUCCCUUUCUCUCUGUCCCUGCCUCUCCCUUUUCCUCUCCCUCUCCUUCCUCCUUCCCUCCCUGUAUAUGUCUGUCUCUCUCUUUCUCACCCCUUCCCUCUUCCCCCCCCCACCCCCAGCCCUUCUCUCCCUCUCCCCUCCCACCCCGCCCACUCCCCAGCCCUUCUCUCCAUCUCUUUCCCCCCUAUUUCUCCUCCUUCUAGACUUCUCAGAUGCAGGCUGGACCUAGCAGGCAGCCAGGCUCUUCCAUGUUCUAUUUUUGUCUCUAGCCAUGGCUGCCGUUCUUAGGACAGCCGGGCUAGCUGGAUUCCUGAGCCCCACGUGCCCGCUGAGAGCCGUGCAGCUAGGUAGGAGGACUGAGACAGUCUGGGAACGGAACGUAGCAAUGGGAGAACUAAAUAAAUCCUGGGUCUGGACCACCCGCCAGCCCUCCCAGGCUCUGGUGAGAGCGAGGAACUAUUUCCUUUCCUGCUGCUUCCACUGCGCCCCACAUCCCUCCAGGCCCCAUCCUUCCUUCCCUGAUCUGGACUGGGCCACCUCUGCGAUGGUAUCUCCGCCUUUCAGUCUACCUUUCAGUCCCUGAGACGGAGAAAGUGUUCUGAAAUUUCAAAGUCAUUGUUCUUAAGUUCUGAUUUAAUUUGGGAACGAAAGGCCCAGAGCCCCUUCGUUUCCCUGGAGGUACCGGCGUGCUGACCCCCAAGUCACAGAUGCUGUGACUGAGUUUCUCCACGGCGACCUGCCUGCGCUUGAGUCCUUCCCAGUGCUCGGCAAAGAGGCCAGCUGCAGAGGAGACCGGCGCACCCACCCCCCACCCCCGGCAUCCUCCGUCCCAGGGAGCAGCCCAACGUGCAGUGCUCUGCGUGAGAAAGGGCAGAGGCACUUGGCAACCCCUGCCUCCUGCAUCACCACUGUCCCGCCACCGUGCAGAUGUCCUCCUUGGCUUGCCACCAGCCCAAGGCCUUUAAGGCGCCCCACGGUGGCACCCGAGAGCCACAGAAGGCACCCUGUAACAUAGUGACUGCCAGGGAGUGGCUUUGCUUCCCGUCUCUGUGGAAAACCAUCCUUCCUGCCCCAGACCAAGCCUGGCCCAGCCUCAGGAAGGAGGCCGUGAUGGCAGGGCUCAGCAGGGAUGGCGAAAGUCGGCCGACCCGGGCCUCCAGCUGGACUGAUUCACUGACCACUUCUGCAGGAUGCCCGCGCCCUGCUGGUCACUGCCCCCUGCAAGCUGUCUGCAAAAAAAAAAAAAAAAAAAACCUGGCCCACACUCUGCGGGGAGGGGACUCUGCCUGGGCCCUUGGAAUGCCCAGACCAGCCCCCCGGAAGCUUUCUACAUAUGUCCUCUUGACUGCAGGGCUGCUGCGAUGAACAGCACUUGGCCUCACUCCUCCUCUGUCCAGAGGUCAGCCAGGCGGGCCUGUGGGGUGGCAGUGGCGGGACACUGUCCCCGAGAGCCUGAGCUCUCAGCACAUAGCGGGCGGUGCGUCGUGCCCGCCGCUGCCCUCCUUGCCAGGGUGGCCUGGCCCGUGCCUGCGGGCAGAGCAGGAAUCUGGCUGACGUGGCUGUGGAGGGACUGGCAUCUGCAAGUGUGGAAUAUGCCAACUUUUCUCUUGGUUGACCCUUGUUGGUUUUGCAUUGCUUUUCCUAGCUUUGUCUUAUUUUAUUUUUGAUGCCCCUUUUGACGAUGUAAACUAUUUCUGGUAAUUUUAUGUUUUUAUUUAUGAAUAAAGAACUCAUCUCAUGUCA